CUCGGUCUUUCACCCCGGCCGUUACGAAAGCGCGACCCCCUCCCGCCCCGGCUAUAAAGCGGCCCGGCGGCCCCCGGAGGCCCCCGGCGGCGCCCUUGCUUCCCUGGCUCCACGCGCAGCUCCGGGCGGAAGGACUCCGGGCACGAUGGCGUGGGUGUGGGCUCUCGUGCUGCUGGCGGUGCUGGGCAGCGCCCGGGCGGAGCGCGACUGCCGGGUGAGCAGCUUCCGAGUCAAGGAGAACUUCGACAAGGCUCGCUUUGCCGGGACCUGGUACGCCAUGGCCAAGAAGGACCCCGAGGGCCUCUUUCUGCAGGACAACAUCGUCGCCCAGUUCUCCGUGGAUGAGAAUGGCCAGAUGAGCGCCACGGCCAAGGGCCGAGUCCGUCUUUUGAAUAACUGGGACGUGUGCGCAGACAUGGUGGGCACCUUCACAGACACAGAGGACCCUGCUAAGUUCAAGAUGAAGUACUGGGGCGUAGCGUCCUUUCUCCAGAAAGGAAACGAUGACCACUGGAUCGUGGACACGGACUACGACACCUACGCCGUGCAGUACUCCUGCCGCCUCCUGAACCUGGACGGCACCUGUGCUGACAGCUACUCCUUCGUGUUUUCCCGUGACCCCAACGGCCUUCCCCCGCAAGUACAGAAGAUCGUGCGGCAGAGGCAGGAGGAGCUCUGCCUGGCCAGACAGUAUAGGCUGAUCGUCCACAAUGGUUACUGUGACCGCAAAUCGGAACACAACAUUUUGUAGCAACAUGGAGUUUCAUUCGAGAAGUUCCCGUUAAUUCACGCCGCCCUCAACUUGGUCUUAUCUUAGGAGUUUAGCUUGCCCUGCUGUGCUCCCUUCCCCUCUACAAACACAGAACCUCAGCAUGCCUAAUAGGAUACAUGGGGAUAAGUGAAUCUGCACUCAAAUGACUGUCUUUCCUGGAAUUUUCUAAGGAAUUGUUUAAGGCUUCAGAUUCCAGACUUUGAUUUAUUAAAAUAUAGUCACCCA